UUUAAGAUCAGUCGCAGUUUAGUCAAGACCGCGGUUAUAAAUAUGAACCUUAAUUAUUAUCAAUUUAUAGUAUUUAUUGCUUUUCUCAGUCAAUUAUGUAGUGCAAGUAAAUUCAAUACAAGUCAAUCAAAAUUGGAAAAAUCUUGCGAUGUGUACUUGUUACUAGAAAGAGAAUAUGGUUACAAAGAUUUCUUCGAGGUUAGUUCUAUGAAAGAAAAUUUGAAAAAAGACAACGAAAGAUUACAUUUAAAAUUCUACGUAAUGACAUGGUCGGAUGCAGACAUAUUUCUUUCAGAAAAUAAUAAUAAUGAUCAUAUUUAUGAAAUUGCUCUUGGUGUUUAUCGAAAUACUCUAUCGACGUUUAACACCCGUUACGCACCAGGAUCUGAUCUUGUAACAAUCGUUGAAAAAUCGUCUCCCAAUAUGUUAUCGACGUUUGAUCCAGUAUUAGUUGAAAUAAUUCAAACAAAUGAUGGUGAAGUUAUUGUAAAUAUACCCGGUUAUGCAGAACCGCUAAUGAAAUAUUUGGAUGCAAAUCCUUUAAAUAUAAAAUUGUUUAGCUUUUCUACUUGGGGAAAAACGCCAGCUAAGUGGUUCUACAACUGUCAAUUCGAUGAAAAUUCAAACAUGGAGAGCCAAAAAAACAAUGAAGAACAAUUAUUUACGAGUGUUUCAAAGUUAUCGCCCACAGAUCCUGGAGUCUUUAACAAGCAUAAAUCAUUUUUUCAUAGCUUAGUUCCAACACUGGACAAAUUUGAUGACGAUCAAGUGAUGGAGUUUCAACAAGGAGUUAUUGAAGUAAUGAAAAAAGUAAAGAAAACUUCUUCAACUACAGAAAAACCGAAGGUGCGGAUAGAUGUCCGUUCUGGAUGGUGAAGAAUCUUUUUGCUCAUGUUAAUAGAUCGUUAAGUAGAUGGUAUUUGCAAGAAAAACUUCACCGAUCAUUCAUAUUUUCUCUGUAACUUG